CUGUUGGUGCAUCUACUGAGGCAAACCUACUGAAGAAUGCCAGCUCAACAACUAACAUAAUUUUAAUUGAUUUACACUUUUUCUUUCCGGAUCCUUGUUUAUCUUCAGUGUUUUAUCAGGAAUACAAAGGCUGUUUGGAAUUUUAUGAAUUCUUUGUAUAUCUGCUAAAUAUGGCUUCAUGGAUCAUUGAGAAUCUCAUUUUUACACUAAUUCUUAUUGUGGCAACAAAUUUUAUUCCUGGAUAUGCAGAUGUAGACAUUGCUAUUAAUGGUAUCACAACUGACCACAUCAUUGUCAGGAAUAUCUCAGAUUUCCUUUCAUUAACAUGCACAGCAGUCAACAACACCCAGGAUGAAGAAUUAGUCUGGUUUCUUGGAGACAGAGUAAUUAACUUGAAGUCUAUGAAUCGGAUCAAUGUUAGUACUGUCUGCAUUGAUCCAAUUACAGAAAAUGAUGACGAAGCUAAGUUCAGCUGCCAUUUAAAUAAAAACCAUAACAUUAACACAACUGUGCGCCUGGACAUCAAAUUUAUCCCCAUACUGAGCAGUGAUAGUGAUGGUCAAAUAGACGUGUAUGCAGGAAAUGACGUGAAGCUACAAUGCAAUGUGAAGUCCAAUCCUCCAGCUGUGAUGUCCUGGCACAAAGAUAACAGUGCCCUGAAGAUGGUGAAGGGCAAACACAGUGUGUACUGGGACAGUGGUGUUUUUAGUUUAUCUAUUAAAAAGGUACAGAACACAGAAAAUGGGACGUACAUCUGUAUGGCUGACUCCACACUUGGAAGCAACAAUUUGACCUUCUAUCUGAAUGUGAAAGCUCAACCGUCCGUAGUACCAUUUGAACCAAUCGUUGCUGGGCUGACAGUUGUUGCGCUGACCAUUUUUUUCGGAAUCGUUUCACGGAGAAAAUUAAUUAUUCAGUACUUUAAAAAGAAAACCAACAGCAAUGGAUACACUGAGUAAGACACUCAAUAGGAAAGCACGAUUUGUAGCUUGGCGGAAAAUCACAAAUUACUCAAAAGAAAUUUAAUCCAAGGUAAAGACUUUCGUUUUCCUGCAGAAUGUCAAAGGAACAAAGACAGAGGUGGUGACGAAAAUCUUUAAAGUACAAACCAGUUUAAGAAGAAGAAAUGUACUGAUUUCACUUUGCCUAAUAUUCUUUUGUGCACAUAUAAUCCAAAUUCUCCCUUCCCUUGCAUCAAACUAUUGAAUGGCGUUCUGUUAUUUACUUUGAUUAAAUGUGUCUAUAACCUUCU